AACUGCGCUAUCUAUGUUGUACCUUUAGCGUGUACUUAUGCUCAGAGAUCAUUUCUGAUGAGUAUGGAAGAAAUGUCUCUUCAUACUGAGGGAAUCAUAGAAGAAGUAAGCUCUGCUUCUCUUCUAGCCAAUGGUCAAAAUGAUGUUCUUGAGGACAAUACUUGUGAAGGUGGAAACGAAUUUGUCGCUCCUGCAAUUGGAAUGGAGUUUGAGUCCUAUGACGAUGCAUACAACUACUACAAUUGCUAUGCCACAGAGGUAGGGUUUACUGUGAGAGUGAAAAACUCUUGGUUCAAAAGAAAUACCAGAGAGAAGUAUGGUGCUGUCUUAUGCUGCAGUUGCCAGGGUUUCAAAAGACUCAAAGAUGGGAACCACCUGCGGAAGGAAACAAGAACUGGUUGCCGUGCUAUGGUGAGGAUGAGGAUAGUCGAUUCUAAAAGGUGGCGAGUACUUGAUGUUAACCUCAAGCACAACCAUCUAUUAGGAGCGGAAACUCACCAGACUAAUAAGAAGACUAGUUGUGGACACAAGAGAAAGUUGCUGUCGAACUCUGACGUUGAAAUGCAACCAGUCAAACUCUAUCGUGCUCUUGUAAUAGAUGCGGGCAGUGAUGGGAAUUCCAACUUCAGCCAGAAGCUUGCUAAAACUCCCUCCGAUCAGCCCAAUAAAUUGAACUUGAGAAAGGGUGACACACAGGCCAUGUAUAAUUACCUUUGUCGUGUACAGUUGACGAACCCGAAUUUUUUUUACUUGGUUGACUUAAAUGAUGAAGGGGGUGUGAGAAAUGUGUUCUGGGCAGAUGCUAGGUCUAGAGCUGCGAAUGUAUACUUCGGUGACGUGAUUUUCUUCGACACAAACUGUUUGUCCUGCAAAUAUGAGGUUCCCCUUGUUUCGUUUGUUGGCAUGAAUCACCAUGGUCAGUCGGUUUUACUUGGUUGUGGCCUGCUUGCUAGUGAGACUAUUGAGUCAUAUACAUGGGUAUUGAAAUCAUGGCUGUGUUGUACGUCUGGGCCUUCCCCACAAACCAUCAUUACUGACAGGUGCAAGGUUUUGCAGAGUGCUGUUGCUGAUGUGUUUCCGAAGUCUCAACACCGGUUUUGCUUGUCACACAUCAUGAGAAAAGUUCCGGAGAAUCUGGGAGGUUUGCGUAGCUAUGAUGCUAUAAGGAAGGCCCUUUUGAAAGGAGUUUACGAGGCAUUAAAGCCAUAUGAUUUUGAAGCAGCAUGGGGAUUUAUGGUUCAGCAUUUUGGAGUUUCGGAUAAUGAGUGGCUUAGAUCGUUAUAUGAGGAUCGAGCACAAUGGGCUCCUGUUUACCUGAAGGACACUUUCUUCGUGGGUUUGGCUGCUGCGCGGCUUGGUGAGACGAUAAAUCCCUUUUUCGGCAAGUACCUGCACAAGCAGACCCCGCUGAAGGAAUUCCUCGACAAGUAUGAACUAGCAUUGCUGAAAAAACACAAGGAAGAAGUGAUUGCAGACACGGAGUCGAGAAACUCAAUCCCUGAGCUGAAAACACGAUGCUCGUUUGAACUGCAGCUGUCAAAGGUCUACACUCGAGCAAUCUUCAAAAGAUUUCAGUUGGAGGUGGAGGAGAUGUAUUCUUGCUUCAGUACGACACAGAUACACGUUGAGGGACCGAUCACAAUCUUCUCGGUCAAGGAAAGGGUUCUGCUCGAAGUAAACAGGAGAGAGAUCAGAGAUUUUGAAGUUCUUUACAACCCAGCUGCAUCUGAAGUUCGUUGCAUCUGCAGCUGCUUUAACUUCUACGGUUAUCUAUGCCGGCAUGCACUGAGCGUGCUGAAUUUCAACGGAGUAGAGGAGAUCCCUGAGAGAUACAUCUUGUCGAGAUGGAGAAAGGAUUACAAACGGUUAUACACUCACGACCACGAGGCUGAGAGCUCGGAUACUAGUGAGCAGGCGCAGUGGUUCAACCAGUUGUACAGAAGUGCAUUGCAAGUCGUGGAGGAAGGAGCGAUCUCCCUCGACCAUUACAAGAUUGCGCUGCGUGCACUUGAAGAGUCGCUCGAUAGAGUUCAUGGUAUUGAAGAUAAAGUGGCUAGCCUUGAGUGAUGCUAGUCAUGUAUGUAUUGUCAAAGCCAAUUUCUGUAACAUAGUAAUUUUUCUUUUCCUUUCAGCUUUAUUUAACAGAUUAGAAGAAGAAUUGAUAUGAAAUUUUGAUGAA